AUGAAAGAAGCGGCUGAAUUACGCCAUCCGACGGAUAUGUACUAUGCUCAGCCACUUGAAGAUAACUUGUUUGAAUGGCAUUUUACUGUCCGUGGGCCAGCCGAUACGGACUUCGAAGGUGGUAUUUAUCAUGGACGAAUACUUUUGCCAGUGGAUUAUCCUAUGAAACCACCAAGUGUUAUACUCCUUACUCCGAAUGGUCGCUUCCAGUUAAACCAGAAGAUAUGCCUUAGCAUCUCAGGUCAUCAUCCUGAAUCAUGGCAACCAUCGUGGUCUAUUCGCACCGCACUUUUGGCUCUUAUUGGUUUUAUGCCUACACAUGCAGCUGGUGCACUAGGCUCAUUGGAGUACCCACCAGAAGAACGCCGGAAGCUUGCUAAAAUGUGUUUUUAAAGCCACGAAUGGGUUUGUAAAGAAUGUGGGCUUUGUAUGCGAAAUGCAUUAGCAAAUGGAGUAGUAUAUGGCGAUAACGGGGAUGCUAUAGAAGCGCGGCGUUUAGCUACACAGAUUUCGAUUAACGAAGACAAGGAAGGAAUGGAUAAUCAAAAUUUACUCGUCACAAGUGAUGUGGCACUAAAAAAUGAUAUUGUCACGGACGGUUCUGCUGUUACGUCUGGAACUUUACGCCAUAGGCGAUCAGCUUCCCAAUCACGCGCAACAUCCAUCACCUCUGCCAGCAGUGAUGAUUUAGAAUUAGGAUCACAUCGCUAUUCCUGGCAGUUAAUUUUUAUUUGGUUCUUUUCUGUGAUUGUCAUAAGUUUGAUUUUAAGAAGAUUGUUUUUUGUACGAAAUGGCGCAAUAGCUUAG